CACACCAGUCGUAAAGAAUUAGACUCAACCAGGAGAUUUAUGGUACCGGAGAAAUUUUCCGGCCAUUAACACAUCGAAAAAGUCCUUUCCCGGCAUUUCAAUCACCGAAAAACAAUUUCCCGGCUAUCAGAAUGGCCCUUCUCUUCGUCUUAUACUCCCUCUUCCUCCUCUCCUCCCUGCUCUUGCUUCGCCACUUUUACCAUAAUACCCCUGGCCCCAACCCCAAAGCAUCAUACUCAGGGCCCAAAGCUUAUCCCAUUCUCGGCAACCUCAUCGAGUUCGUGCUUAAUCGCCACAGGUUCCUGGAAUGGAUGACUGAGAUGCUCUCCAGGAGCCCCACGCAGACGGUCACGCUCCGGCGACUAGGUGGUGUCCGAGGAAUCGUGACCGCUAAUCCUCUAAAUGUAGAGUACAUGUUGAAAAACAAUUUCGAGAAUUACCCCAAAGGUCCAAAGUUCAUCUCUCUGCUGCAUGAUUUUAUCGGUGAUGGCAUCUUUAACUCCGAUGGCGACACGUGGAAGAUCCAACGGAAGAUGGCGAGCUUUGAGUUUAGCACGAAGUCGCUUAGGAGCUUUGUGCUUAGCAUGGUGCAGAGCGAGAUUAACCAGAGGUUGAUCCCUCUGCUCGAAUUCGCGAGUUCGAAUCAUAAAUUGAUCGAUUUGCAGGACGUUUUGGAGAGAUUUGCAUUCGAUAAUGUCUGCAAAGUGGCUUUUGGCGAAGAUCCAGCAUGUUUGGAGUGUUUUCCAAUGAGUUCCGGCCAAAAUUUGGAAAAUUCCAGCCAGGAGUCUUCGGUUUUCGGCAAGAACUCGACAAUCACGGGAAAAACUACAGGCCAAAGUUCAGUGAAUUCCGUCGAAAAAUCUGGGUUUUCCGGAGAAAGUUAUGGUACUUCAAUUGAUACGUCUGAAAAUUCUGGCCAUUUAUCUGAAGUUUCUGGGGAAAUUUUGGUGGAUUUCGACGAGUUUGAAGACGUUUCUCGUGAAAAAGAAGUGCUAACGUUGCCGAAAAACGCCUUCUUAGCCGCGUUCGAGGAGGCAACGGUUCUUUGCGCGGCGAGAUUCCUCAGUGCUGUACCGCAGUUCUGGAAAGUUCUGAAAUUCUUCCACGUGGCAUCUGAGAAGAAGAUCAGCGAUUGCAUACGUGUCGUCCAUGGCUUUGCCAACGGGAUUAUCCGGGCCCGCCGAGCGGGGAUGGAAUCCAACGGGCAGGAUCUCAUGUCGUCGUCGUCCGCCGAUCAAAGGCUUGGAGAGCACAUAAAAGAAAUGAACGGCCAGGAUCGGCUCUUGUGCUCGGCCGCUAAUCAACGACUCGCCUCUUGCGAUGAGCCAAGGAAAGAAAAGAACGGUCAUGAUCGGCACUUGCGCUCUGCAGAAGAUCAACGGUUAGGACUCCCUGACGAGCAAACCGAAGAAGUGAACGGCCACGAUCCGCUACUGUGCUCUGCGGACAACCAACGGUCUAGAUCCUCCGACGAGCCGAUGCUGAAAUCAGACGGCCAGGAUCUGCUCUCGCGCUUCAUGGCCGAUCAACGGGUUGGAUCGUCCGACGGGAUCCUCCGCGACGUGGUCGUAAGCUUCAUCUUGGCGGGUCGCGACACCACGUCAUCAGCGCUGACGUGGUUCUUCUGGCUGCUGACGUGGUACCCCGAAGCCGAACAGAACAUCCGAGCCGAGAUCCAAAACAUUCGUGAAAAGUACGGCUGCGGCCAAAAUUUUGGUUACGAAGAACUCAAGGACAUGCACUACCUGCAUGCCUCGGUCACCGAGUCGAUGCGGCUAUAUCCACCGGUUCCAUUGGACUCGAAGGAGUGUUUGAAAGACGAUGUUUUACCCGAUGGAAAUUUCGUCGAAAAGGGUUGGUAUGUAGCGUACAGUGCGUAUGCCAUGGGCCGAAUGGAGGUGAUCUGGGGCCGAGAUUUCACGAAGUUUCGGCCAGAGAGAUGGCUCCGGAACGGGGUUUUUACGCCGGAAAAUAAUUUCAAAUAUCCGGUCUUCCAUGCCGGGCCGAGGCUCUGCCUGGGCAAAGAGAUGGCAUAUGUUCAGAUGAAGAGCAUAGCAGCGUGUAUUGUAGAGAGAUACGAGGUUACAAUACACAAGAGAGAGAAAGAGCCUCUCUAUACACUAUCUCUUACCCUUCGUAUGAAGGGGGGCUUGCCCAUAUCUCUUAGAAAGAGAAAGACAAAGACAAUAUAACGUAUAGUAACAUGAAAAGUAGUGUGUUGAUUGUACUGGAUGGACGGUUUAGAUUGAUAGAUGUGUACUCUGUGUUGUAUUUUGAGGUUUUAUAUGGUGCCCCUGUAUGUAUUUGUGUUUUUAUUAAGAAGAGAGGAAACAAAAUACUCCUUUAUCAA